GUGCACACAUCGAAUUUCAAAAUCUCUUUUUCUUCCUUUAAUUACAAACAACGAAACCCCCUACCUCCUCCAUUUUUGUUCAUUUUCAAUCAUCUCAAAUCAAAACAAUACAAAUUCAAAGCUUCAAUCGAAGACCUUCAAGAACAACAAUGGCGGAUUGGGGGCCGGUGGUGAUAGCGGUGGUGUUAUUCGUACUACUAACACCAGGAUUACUGUUUCAAAUCCCAGGAAGAGGUCGUAUCAUUGAGUUUGGUAAUAUGCAAACUAGCGGUGCUUCUAUACUUGUUCACACCAUUAUUUACUUUGGUCUUAUCACUAUUUUCCUUAUUGCUAUUGGUGUUCAUAUCUAUGCUGGCUAGGUUUGCUUAACCUCAUUCCCCCUUUUUCUUCCUAUUUUUCGUUGUUGUACCAGUAUUGUUGUUUUUGUUGUAGUUCGUUUGAUUUCUUGUAAAACGGAUUUAUAAAUAGGGGGAAUUGGAUUGUGUACUUUUGUUUAUUGAACAUUUUGGUUUAAUUGUUCGACGUUUGAUGAUGGAAAUUUGUAAGUGUAUUAUGCUUUUGGA